AGAACUUGUAAGGUCAUCCAUUGAAAGCUCUGAGCUUUGGCUUAGUCCACCAGCUGUGGUAACCUCAUUGUUUGCACAUUUCAUAUAUUCACUCUGAUUAUAAUUAUGGAUGUUGUAAAUAAAUCAUGACAGUGCUAGCUAAUAAUCUAAGUAAAUUAUCAAAUUUGAAGGCUAACUACACAGAAUUAUGCUUGUUCUUGUUUAGACAGCAUGAACUAAAUAUUUUCUACCUGGUGGUUUACUUAUUAAAUUACUUAUUUAAUUAUUUAUUUGUAUCUACCAGUUCUUGAUAGGGAACUGCAAGGACUGUAUGGAGGGAUUUUUGGUCUGAGAGGAGAAAUAUUUUUAGUAAUAGGGUUCCAGUCAUCUCUUUUUCUGUUCCCCAACUUUCUGCUUUGCAUCUACAGGAAAGGAGCUGAGACAGGGAGUCUCUAGCAUUUCUUGCUGUGGUUGCCAUUGGGAAAAUAGUCUUCCUUUUCCUGUCAUCUUACAGGUAAAAUAUCAAGAGAGCAUGGCUCACCUGGGUGAACGUAAAUGGACUCACGUGUUCCCUUUCCUGAUGGUCUCCCUGGUGUACUCUGCCAGUGCCGAAUACUCCAACUGCGGUGAGAACGAGUACUACAACCAGACCACGGGCAUGUGCCAUGACUGCCCCAAGUGCGAGCCGGGUGAAGAACCUUACAUGACAUGUGGAUAUGGCACCAAAGAUGAGGACUACGGCUGCAUCCCCUGCCCUUCAGAGAAGUUUUCCAAAGGAGGGUACCAGAUAUGCCGACGGCACAAGGACUGCGAGGGAUUUUUUCGAGCCACAGUCAUGACGCCUGGGGACCAGGAGAAUGAUGCAGAGUGUGGUCCUUGUCUCCCAGGUUACUACAUGCUGGAAAACAGACCUCGGAACAUCUACGGGAUGGUUUGCUACUCGUGCUUGCUGGCGCCUCCCAACACCAAGGAAUGUGCAGGCUCUAACUCUGGCAUUUCAGCCAUUUUCCCAAGCACCUCAGGCACAAGCACUUUCUCACCUUACCAGCAUGCUCACAAAGCAGAUCUUUCAGGACAAGGACAUCUGGCUACAGCUCUUAUAAUUGCUAUGUCUACUAUCUUCAUAAUGGCUAUUGCCAUUGUCCUCAUCAUCAUGUUUUACAUUGUAAAAACAAAGCCAUCUGCUCAAGCCUGUUGCAAGAGCCACUCAGUAAAAAACGUCGAAGCUCAGGCUAACACACAAGAAGAGAAGAAAGAAGUGCAAGAAAAUGUUGUGAUAUUCUCUGAAAAAGAAGAGUUUGAAAAACUUACAGCAACUCCAGCUAAGGCUGUCAAAAGUGAAAAUGAUGCAUCUUCUGAGAAUGAACGACUUUUAAGCCGGAGCAUGGAUAGUGAUGAAGAAGCUGCAGUUGACAAGCAAGGGACUCCAGAGAGAUGCUUGUUAUCUUUAGUGCAUUUGGCCAGAGAUAAAUCUUCUACAAGCAAUAAAUCAACUGGGAUUCAAAGUCGAAGGAAAAAGAUACUUGACGUGUAUGCUAACGUAUGUGACGUUGCAGAAGGUCUAAGCCCUACAGAGCUGCCAUUUGACUGCCUGGAGAAGACCAGCCGAAUGCUCAGCUCGACCUACAACACAGAGAAAGCCAUAGUGAAAACGUGGCGUCACCUCGCCGAGAGCUUCGGGCUGAAGCGGGAUGAGAUUGGUGGCAUGACAGAUGGCAUGCAGCUGUUUGACCGCAUCAGCACGGCAGGCUACAGCAUCCCAGAACUGCUCACCAAACUGGUGCAAAUCGAGCGAUUGGAUGCUGUUGAAUCCUUGUGUGCGGACAUUCUGGAGUGGGCACAAGCAAUGCCGGCUCCUGAACCAGCAGGGACAUCCUGACAUGCCUGCCUGGGCCCUGCACCUCCCCAUCAGAAGUGUGAUUCCACUAAGCACUGCAUCAAAGACUUUGGACUAAAGACCAUUGAUGCUUCUCCUACAUAAUUGCUCACAAUAGCCAAUGGGAAGCUCUUCUUUGACUUCUGAAAGUGAAGUAUCACAUCUACCAAAAUGAGAGCAGAAAUUUCCCAAGAAGCUUGGCAUGAAACAUGUCAUUAAACAAAAUGAUCAUGUUAAAAACUUACUGGUAAUAAGCAUAGACACAAACAUCCAUUUUGCAGUCUGUGUAUGAGUAGAAGGGCAAAUAACCCUUCUGAUACCCUUCCUGCCUGGCCUUCAGGAAAGGCAUUAAAUAGCUCUCUGAAAAUACUCAUGUCUCUUAGGGCUUCAUUCAAUGGUUCAACAGUUACAGUCAGAAGCAGUACCACAGCUACAGUAUCAAUUAAUACACAUUAGGCACAUACAUUUCUAUCUGCUCCAACCAGUUUCAUUUUCUACACUUAUUAUGGGUUUGUUGAAUCUAGAAUUAUGUGCAUUAUGUGCAUAGGUGUAUAUGCACAGUCCUCAGAUUGACUAACUAUGCUACAUGGAAAAAGAGUCACCAUAACUUACAGACUGAAGUGCUUCAAAACAAUCUACAUAAUGCAUGUAAAUGCACUCUUGGUCCAUUCUGACAUUUCAGAAAUUAUAAAUUCAAACUGCUGACUUGCUGAGGACAAGCUGGUUAGCAAGUGGGCAGUGAAAGUGGUGAGUUACUCCUUGCAAGUGGAGAGCAAAAUCUUCUUUUCUUUACUGUUAAGAAAAAAGCAAAACCAAAACCAGAUUGUCCACUACCAUUAAAAAUAUACUUUUCCAAUAGUGACAUCUAUAUAUCAAAUUAUAUUCCAGACAGAAGAAUUCCAGACAACAGUGGUGCACAUGUGAUACAAAGAGCAAAAAGAGUAGAUUUCUUUAGAGACUUGAAAUGUGGAGGAAAAAGUGUUUUUAAUGCUGUACUCUUGUAAGCCUAGACCAUGAGCACAGAAUCCACCAGUGGCAUUAAACUCAUCUGGAACGUAAUGCAUUACUGUGAGUUUGGGAAGUACAAAAAUUGACCUAAUUUGGUUUUCUUUAAAUUAAUGU